UGAAGCAGCAGCAGCACCAAAUGAGACAGAGAAAGGAAACUGCAAAGCUACUGUGCACAAGGCUUUUCUAAUACAGAAAGCUACCUACCUGGGGAGUAUUUGGAGAUAGAGCAUCCAAGCAUUAUCUUCAUCUGCUAGAGUUACGAGUUGGGUCAAUACAGGGAAUGCCGUGGAUGUAAUGUACCUGGAUUUCAGUAAGGUCUUCGACAAAGUCCCUCACAACCUUCUGGCAAGCAAACUAGUAAAAUGUGGGCUAAACAAAACUACAGUUAGGUGGAUCUGUAAUUGGCUAAGCGAACGAACCCAAAGGGUGCUCACCAAUGCGUCGUCUUCAUCUUGGAAAGAAGUCACUAGUGGAGUGCCGCAGGGUUCUGUCCUGGACCCGGUUCUGUUCAACAUCUUUAUUAAUGACUUAGACGAAGGGUUAGAAGGCACGAUCAUCAAGUCUGCAGACGACACCAAACUGGGAGGGAUAGCCAACACUCCAGAAGAAAGGAGCAGAAUUCAAAACGAUCUUGACAGACUAGAGAGAUGGGCCGAAACUAACAAAAUGAAGUUCAACAGGGACAAAUGCAAGAUACUUCACUUCGGCAGAAAAAAUGGAAUGCAAAGAUACAGAAUGGGGGACACCUGGCUAGACAGCAGUACAUGUGAAAAAGAUCUUGGGAGUCCUUGUGGACAACAAGUUAAACAUAAGCCAGCAAUGUGAUGCAGCUGCUAAGAAAGCCAACGGGAUUCUGGCCUGGAUCAAUAGGGGUAUAGCGUCUAGAUCCAGGGAAGUCAUGCUACCCCUCUAUUCUGCCUUGGUCAGACCACACCUGGAAUACUGCGUCCAAUUCUGGGCACCACAGUUGAAGGGAGAUGUUGACAAGCUGGAAAGCGUCCAGAGGAGGGCAACUAAAAUGAUCAAAGGUCUGGAGAACAAGCCCUAUGAGGAGAGGCUUAAAGAACUGGGCAUGUUUAGCCUGCAGAAGAGAAGGCUGAGAGGAGACAUGAUAGCCAUGUACAAAUAUGUGAGGGGAAGUCAUAGGUAGGAGGGAGCAAGCUUGUUUUCUGCUGCCCUGCAGACUAGGACACGGAACAAUGGCUUCAAACUACAGGAAAGGAGAUUCCACCUGAACAUUAGGAAGAACUUCCUCACAGUGAGGGCUGUUCGGCAGUGGAACUCUCUCCCCCAGACUGUGGUGGAGGCUCCUUCUUUGGAGGCUUUUAAACAGAGGCUGGAUGGCCAUCUGUCAGGGGUGCUAUGAAUGCGAUUUCCUGCUUCUUGGCAGGGGGUUGGACUGGAUGGCCCAUGAGGUCUCUUCCAACUCUACUAUUCUAUGAUUCUAUGAUUCUAUGAAACAGAUGAGGCGAUGGAUUUUGAGGGCAUUCCUGCUUCAGUUCCAGGCCCCAUGGCCUUGCAGGUGCCGGAUACUGUAGAAUCACAGGAUACGCUAACUGACUAACAUUCCAGUGUUACCUGUACCAGAUGGUAUAGACAUGGGGAAGAAUGGAACUUUUAAUCGGAGAGAUUUUGUAACAAAAGAUAGAAGCAGGAAACAAGGGGUGAGAAAUCAAAGACUCGCUUUCAAAUUGGAUAAUGAUUAAAUUUCCCAUGAGAACUUUGUGGGUCCUGCACUCCCUAAUUCUUACAGACUGGGGAUUCUGUUAAAAGUACUCCUCACUCUAUUCUGAUUGCGGUGUCAACUUUGCCUUUCCUCGGAAGAGGUUCCAGUUUCCAGUUCCUUGCCUUGUCUUCUGAAUCCGUGCCGAGUUUCCAGUUUCAGGAGAGCCACGCCGAGCUGCGACUCCCGAGUAGACCUUGCCUUGUUACCACGACUUCCUUGUUCCUGAAUCGAGAUUGACUCUGCUUUGUUUACCUUGCUUCCUUUACUUUGCUACGGGACUUUUCAAGCGGGUUUGCAGUGCUUUGUUUUCUGCUAUUGCUUCAUGGACAAACUUUGAUUUCUAAAGGAAGCAAUCGAGCUUCACUUGUGGAUUAUAAAUUGGACGUUGAUAAACUCUUUCUGAAUUGCAAUACACUAUAUAUUAUGGACGAUUUCUUACUCUGACUUUCCGCCUUAAAUGCGCAUAGAUAUAUAUAUAUUCUGCUUCAAUAAACGGCUUGCGUGUUAUAUCGGCUCCGGUCUGGUUUUCGAGUGCUCGCGCUGCCUUGGGGUGCAACAAGGACUCACUUGUCAGUAGACUUGCAUAAGAAUGCAUUGUUAAUUGACUACAGUUUCACCUGCAGAAAAAUUUCACUGAAACCAAUCACAACAAAGAGGUACAAAAUCACUCUAUGUCUACACAUACUGAACUAAAUACUCUAAGUUUUCAUAUACUGAAUACAUAUAGCCAUGCUUUUAAAGGUAGAGAAAUCUGCUAUUGAACUAAAGUAACAGUCAUUUGUAUCUCUGCAGGUGGCAACAAUAACUUACUGGGACAGCAUGCAGUAGACACCUCAAAAUUUCACAUAGUUUUUUUUAGUUGUUACAUAAGUGGCAGUACCAACAUUACAGAGAAGGAGGAAAGGACUGGAAGCAUGAAAGGGAGCAAGUCAUCUACCUGGUAGUGACCCAUUUAAAUUUAAAAUUACAAAAGGGAAGCUUUUCUGAAGCAAGAGGGGAACCUGCCAUACCUCAGUAGGACACUGUGGUAGAUAUCCUAAAAAUUUAAGAAUGUUUUUGGUUGUGCCCAGAGUGCAGCAACCAGUUUCAAUUUUUUAAUGCAAAAGGCAUCCCAAGAAGCCAAAUUCUUUUUUUUUUAAUUUGCAAGAAAAUAGCAGAAGCAUUUAAGGCAAAAUUCCUGAUUUGAAGGGUAGGCAAGGCAAGGCUGCUAAGUCUGAUAGCUUUUAAAGAUUGAGAGAGAAAAAUGAAAACAGGCUCUCUAGGAUAUUGCUGGUAAGAUUGCUAAAAGAAAGGCCCUAUAGACUGUUUUGGGGGCUCUUACACCACAAGUCAUUCAUCAAGGAAACAGGAGAGGUUUUCUGAGGAUGCUGUUAAGAUUUCUGAGGCAGGAAAAUAAACAAGAAACAGAAGACAGAUAAGACCAUGCCCUAUGCCUAGUUUUUUUUUUAAAAGGACAGAAAAAUGAGAGAAGGUUCUGAGAACUAUUGCUGGUAAGAUACUUGAGACUGAAAAGAGCAGAGAAUGACAAUAUAGGUGAUCCUGUGGACACUUUUUGGGUUUUAAAGCAUGAACCUAAGCAGAGACAGAUACAUUUCAGCUGGUACAAGGUAAUUUUAAUUUUAACAUGCCAUGUUCCUAACUAGAAAGUCAUCUUUUUAAAUCAUCUAGUGUCUUGCUUUACACUUAUGUAUUCUUCAGAAUUCAGACCAAAGGUAAUUUCCUCCAAUGUUUCUUAUAGAAGCCAAAAAUACCAUUUCUGUUCUAGAAAUAAAUUAUCAAGUAUAGAAGAUACUGGACAUAAUGGAUACAAAAGGCAAAAAAGCACAGGCCGCCUACCCCACUUGUUCUUUCUUGCAAACAGCUUCGGUUUCAGUCACAAAGAUGUAUUUAUUUACAAGGUGGAUAAAACAGAUUUUGUAUAAUUUUACCAUUAAUAUUUGGUAUUACUUAGGUAAAUAAAAGGGCACCCAAGGUAAUUAUGACAUGGAACUAUGUACUUAAGAGGAUGGUUCACAGUAUUUUGAGCUUUUCAGUUGGGGGGGGGAGACAAGUAGUAAUAGACAUGUUACAGUAUGUAUAAGUAGAUAAAGAGACAUUUUCUACUUUCUCUAAAGAUCUCUGCAAUAAUGGAAAGAAAUGAAACAUUUAGGGAAUCAAGACAAAUAAAACAACUAAGCACAUAGCAAAAUUAAGGUAUUUCCUAAAACACACCUAUAGGGGAACUUGAGUGUGAAAGUCCCAUUGUCAUAUGUACUGUUGUAGGUACCUAGAUAGUCACUUAAUCAGACAACUUUAUGACUCCCAGGGUUCUUCUUACAUUCUACAAUUUGGAUAAUCCAAACAAUAUACACCUGACUUGAUUUUUGUCACUUUCACCUCUAUAGAGUAUUAUGAAUAUUUUAAUAAAAGAACCUAGAUCGUGACAAUCAAAAUUCUGCUGAAAAAGAACCUAGAAGACUAUGCUCUCCAGUAUGAGGAAAGCCAAAACAAUGGUCUCUUCAAAGCACAGAUGAAGACACAAGUGCAACUUAAAAGAGGCUGGUAUUAAUCCGAAAAGAAAGAAAAAAGAAUGGAAGAAAAGUUUCAUAGCAACUCAACCAUUGUCAAUGGUACAGCAGCUAACCAAAAACUUAUUGAAGGCCACAACCUUUGGGAAGUAAUUACAAUUGCUACUGUAACAGCCAUAUUAAGCUUAAUAACCAUAGUGGGGAAUGUGCUUGUGAUGAUAUCCUUCAAGGUCAACAGCCAACUCAAGACAGUAAACAAUUACUAUUUGCUCAGUCUUGCUUGUGCAGAUCUUAUCAUUGGAAUCUUUUCUAUGAAUCUUUAUACAUCUUACAUAUUAAUAGGGCACUGGUCCCUUGGAAGCUUGGCAUGUGACUUGUGGCUAGCCCUAGACUAUGUAGCUAGCAAUGCCUCAGUAAUGAAUCUGCUAGUUAUCAGCUUUGACCGAUAUUUUUCAAUCACACGGCCAUUGACCUAUAGGGCUAAACGCACACCCAGAAGGGCUGGUAUUAUGAUUGGCCUAGCUUGGCUUAUUUCUUUUAUUCUUUGGGCACCAGUAAUCUUAUGCUGGCAGUAUUUUGUAGGGGAGAGAACUGUCCCACCUGGCGAAUGCCAGAUACAGUUUUUGUAUGAACCCAUUGUCACCUUUGGGACUGCAAUUGCUGCUUUCUAUAUCCCUGUUUCAGUGAUGACUAUUUUAUAUUGCCGCAUUUAUAAGGAGACUGAAAAACGCACCAAGGACCUGGCUGAACUACAAGGCUCCAGUUCUGUGGUGGAGUUCGAAACCAUAAAACCUCAGAAAACUCUGCUGAAGUCCUGCUUUAGUUGCAAGCAACAAAAAUUGGUCAAAAGGGAGAGAUGCCAGGCUUCGUGGUCAUCAUCCAGCCGAAGUAUAUCUGCAACAGCAAAAUCUCAGAUUCAAAAUACUUGUCACGAUUGGUCAAAGGUAGAUCAGCUAACCACCUGCAGUAGUUAUGCUUCGUCAGAGGAGGAGGAGAAACAUGGUUCUGAUCCCGUCUUUCAAGUUGCUUGUAACACUCCAGUAAAAGGGAAUGACGAUGAGCACAAAGAAGAGAAAAGGGAAGCCUUUAUCAAAGACCAUCAAAGGGAAAAUGAAUAUGAGACCCAGAAAUACUUUCUUACACCAACCAAAGGCAAUGUUGAAAAAAGUAAUAAAUGUAUAGCCUAUAAGUUUCGCUUAGUGGUGAAAGCUGAUGGUGCUCCAGAAGCUAACAAUGGCUGCCGGAAAGUGAAAAUCACACCUUGUUCUGCCACUUUAUCCAAGGACACUUCUGUCAAAAACACAGACCCAAAUAUAAAUAGUCAAAUGACUAAAAGGAAAAGAAUGGUACUUAUCAAGGAACGUAAAGCAGCCCAGACUUUGAGUGCCAUUCUUUUAGCUUUCAUACUCACUUGGACCCCUUAUAACAUAAUGGUUUUGGUCUCCACAUUCUGCUCAGAUUGUAUUCCUCCAACAUUGUGGCAUCUUGGAUAUUGGUUAUGCUACGUGAAUAGUACAGUCAAUCCAAUCUGCUAUGCUCUCUGUAACAAAACAUUCAGAAAAACCUUUAAGUUGUUGCUGUUCUGUCAGUGGAAGAAAAAGAAAAUGGAAGAAAAAUUAUAUUGGCAGGGAAAUACAAAGCUGCCUUAAUUUAAAUUAAAACGUUUGAAAAAUAAUUGACCUUGGCCAAGCACUGUAAAUUCAAUUGGCUACAAGUCUUUCUUUAUAAAGUCGUUGCUUUGAAUGUCUGCAGAUAAAAGAAGCACAAUUUGUGUGAUAGUAAAUAUAUACUAAGAAGUAUAAAAAGAAAGCAGACGCAACAAUGAACUUUUCUAUAAUUGUGAUUACUCAUAGAAUAUUGUUAAUGUUGACAUCAUAGAAAGUUUCCUUUUACAGUUCUGCCAGAUAAAGUGGCAAGAAAAAAGACCUUUGUAGUGGUUGGUGGACUACACCCAUGCACUCAUCAAGUUCACCUACUCGGGAAGCAACAUAAUGCCUUCCCAUAAUAUUUUUUUUGCUAAGAUCUUUUUCAGUUUACUUAUAGAUCCCAAACAGAGUGAGGCUUGCAUACCUUCCCCUACAAAUUUGUCUUCUAACUGGAUGGAAGCAAAGAGAAGGGAAGUAUCAAUGGUCAGUGAUAAAUAGUUGAGAUCAUUUCUCAAUGGAUAAACUUGUCCUUGGAGUUAGUUGUGAAUCUGUACACUCAUCGCAGAUAGUUCUUUCUCUGUGGAGAUGAGAAAUGUCAAAGAACGACUGUGUGGUGUCUUUAGUAAAUGAGGAAAUCAAUUAUUUUAUUAAAGAAAUUCACUUCACAAGCAAAGAAGGGCAAUAGUUAAUGUUCUUUUAAGUGUUGUUUGUUCAUAUUUAAGUGGUUCUGAAGGAGUUUGAUGUUUAAAAACAGGCAGUAAGGUCAUCUACCUCUCUUCCCUUUGGGUUUUUUUGGUGAUAAUACUUGAAUGCCUAAACCCACAGCACAAGUAGGUCAAUCCAUCAGGUAGCCAUUUAAUGUUACUGAGGACAUGCCCCUUCUGACUGGACUGGAAGAAACUGAAUUUUAUGUAAUAACUAUUUUAGGCAUAUACGCUUGUAGCACUCACUUCACUGUCUUGAUGACCUGACAAGAUGGAAGCAGUAACAGAUUCAGAAAAGGCAGAAUCCACAAGCUGUUAUGGCUUGAAAGAAAACUUAAUCAUACAUAGAGCAGACCCACUGAAACCCCUGAAAAGUUAAUAUGGCCCUGACUAGGCCCCACUUAGCUUAGUAGGGCAUUCAGGGACCAACCCUAUGGAAAUAACUACCAGGGUUUAGAUUUAGAGAAAAACAAGACAGGAGAUGGGUGGAAGAAAAUUUUCCCUUUUUUCCUUACCUUACCUACUCUGUGAGCCUCCACAAAAGCUACAUUCCAAAUUAAAAAUCUCUUCCCAAUUACAAAACACCUUCCAUGAGCAAAGCUCCUAUCUAUGUAAGUUACCCGUAUCUGGAUUUCAGGAACCAUCCAUUAUCUGUUAUAUUCAGCAGGGUCCCAUGAAAGAGCUUUAGGGUGUGCCCAUACAGGGGAGGAAGUGGGAAAUUCAGCUUUUCCCCACUUCUUUACAUCAAUAUUUGACCAGAUUCUGCUCUAUGUGGGGAAAAAAACUGACACUCAUAAAACAGCAUUAAAAGCCCCAUGUUUAGAUGUUUUAGAGGUGUAAAAUUUCUGUUCCAGUGCCCUGAUUCCCAGGGGCAGGGGAUCUUGUGGACACACAGACCUCCACACAAGCAAGGGUGUUUCCAGUCAUUUCAAUAGAAUGGUCAGCUAUUUGUAUGAAAAGUUAUUUUUAUACGGAUUUUUUGUCUCUGCUGAAGUAAAUUUAAAAAGUGGCUCAUGCUGUGCAGAUGGGCUCUGGAUUGGGAAUUGUGCAGCUCUCCAGCAGAAAGCAGAAAAUUCAUGAGAAACAGUUUAGUGAGUGUGACCAGUGCCCCCAGCAUCUCUGAACUUGUCACCUCAAUUUGUCUAGUGAUACACCUGCCCCUGAUUUAAUACAACAUCCAGCAAAAUUGAAGCAGCAACAUUAUAGCUAUAAAACUAUAAAGACCUAAAGUUCCAAAAGCACAUGGAUCUUCAUAGUUCUGUAGGUGAUACUGUAAGUUUAAAUAGUCAUGUUUUCCUGGUCUGUAAUUUAAAAAUGGAUUUAGUUUAUAAACAUACUUAUGAUGAUUUAGAAUGCAAAAACAUGCAAGUCUGGGUAUAGGAUCCAUAUUUAUAUCACAUCAUAUACACAUAUAGCUUAAUAUGGUAAUAAUUGUGAAAUGUAAUGCUGCACAGUUAAGAGACAGCACAGUGGAUUUUAUGAGAGUUUUUGUACAUUUAUCAUAGCUUCCAAUGAAGUCAUAAGUGUUUUCAGUAAGAGCUGGUAUCAUGAGAAAGGAAAAUUUUCUCCACAGCGUGUAACAUUUAACAAUUUAACAGCAUUGUAAAUAACUUGACCAUAUACAAGUUAUUUGCAAAAUAUUCUUCCUUUUUUCCAGGAGGGAUAAAUAUAAUUUAAUGUAGCUGUAUAAUAAUGUGAAAUGUGUAUUCUGGAUUCAAUAUGAAUAAUUCUAAGUAUUCUGUAUUGUACCAAUUGUUUUGGUGCUUUUGUGUAUAACUGUUAAAGGAAAGUGCGGGUUAUUAUAGAGACAUCUGAUUAUUUUCUUUCAUUCACUACCAUCAGAGCAUUUUCUGUGUAUAGUGUAUGUUUUAAGUUAUACUGGCUUAUUUUUAAUUUGAACAAACAUUCAUAUGUGUAUGAUAUGUUUGUUUGAUUCAAAUGACAUGCACUUUAGUGACACAAGUUAUGUAACAAUGGCGAAAUGUAUAAAACUGUACAAGUUUUCCGCUAGCUGCAAUGUUACUGCUAAAGAAAGCUUUGCCUUCUAGUACUAAAGUUCAAUGGGAAGUUAUUUUUGUCACCAGUUUCUGUUAAACAGGAAUGUUUUAUAAAUAUUUAUGGUCUAUUUGUUGAGUAGAUGUGUAAGACUACACAGUGAUGGAUGCCAAAGUAUCAGUUAGGUGUAACUGUUAAAUAUAUGCUCAACCUAUGCUGCUAACAACCUGAAACAUACACUGCCAAACUCUGGGAUAUAUUGUAAAUAUCUGGAACUGUAUUAAAAAUUGGAGUGUAUUUAUCA